GGUGAUUAACCACUGAAACAAACUCCCAGGGGGAACGGGAUUCUCCAUCUCCUGAUCUCUUUUCUGGAAGUCACGCUGUCUGGAGUGGCUCAUGGCCACAAGUGCCCACCUCCGGGCACACUGUCAGAAACAGGGCAGGCACCCCAAGCUGGUGCUAUGUUCUAUCAUUAGAUUUCACCAAGCCAGUAACAAGUGUGAACCCCUGGAUCAUUAUAAUAGUCUUACCAUGAAGUCACAGACAGUCCCCUUAGGCUACGUCUGUACUAUGGAUCUUACAGUUGCACUGCUGUAAGGUCUCCUGUGUAGCCGCUCUAUGCCAGCGGGAGAGCGCUCUCCCCGCGACAUAAUUAAACCACCCCAAUGAACGUGACAGGCUGUGGACACGCUGCUUUGGUAGUAGUUCUGGGCUUUCACCCUCAGAGUUCUGACUCCAGCUGCAGCCACCAAAAGGCCAUUCCAACAACUGGAGCUCGGGCUGGGAGCCUCUUUGGCCAUUUCCUGUAUGCUGCUGUCUUCCCAGCCUUCAGUCAGGGCUUGAGAGGUUUGUGUGCUUUGAGUGGCUGACAAAGCAAAUUGCAGCAUCAGAGGAGGGCUGCUUUGUCUAGUGGUUAAGAAGCCACCUUGGGACUCAGGAGACCUGGUUCAAGGCUGGCCGUGCCACAGUCUCCCUGCAUGACCCUGGGCUGCUCCAGGCCUUCGCCUCCAGAUGUGCGAUGCGGGGGAUGUCCUGGCCCUGCCCAGCACGGUGUGUGGGAGUGUGGUCAAGGGGGACGGUAAAUUCCUUGGCAAGAGAUCUAAGCUAGAUACCAAAUGCAUUCCCAAGUCAAGGCUGGAAGCCUGAGAACUUCCCUCCGGGGGCCUUUAGACCUGCCUAGGCGCCGUCUGCUCAAAGGGGAAUCAGCCCCAGCCAACCAAGGAGUCCCUGGGCCUGGAGAGAGGGGACACUUAUGGCCACCUGUAGAGGGCUAAUAGGUGGGCUCUGUUUGUAACCUCAGGAAAUGCUCUUCUCAUAGGCAUACUGACCUGUAGGCCCCUUCUAGGGAAAAGAGCCAUGACUCACCCAGAUUCCCGUGGGAAGAUGGGGGUGGGGAUGGACUAGAUGAGGGAGGUUGGUUAGCCUCUGAGUGCGCUGGCCUUGCCUGCACAGUCCCAGGUGCCCUAGCGUCUGUCAGGAGUGCUGGGAAGGACUUGCUUGUAGGUGCCUGGGGCAGCAGCCAGCUUGGCUCCCCAGAGAACCCAGAACCAGAGGCUUAAUGAGCCGAGGUUAGCAGACCCAUCUGAGCCCCAUCAGCCCUCUGGCCUGGGGUGAUGCUGCCCUGUCUGUGUGCUGCCAGCCUGGGGUAUGAAACGUCAUCUCUUUCACCAGGGCAGCCAUCCAAAGGAGAGACCCAGGCCCAAUACAUGGAUGAUAGCCCAGUGGGGUCCAUGUCUCACUGACCCUGUGGGGCCCCUGUCCUGCUGAAGGUGUUGGAAGACAUUCGUGACAGUGGGGCCAAGCCCGUGAUGGUUUAUAUCCAUGGCGGCUCCUACAUGGAGGGCACAGGGAACAUGAUUGAUGGCAGCAUCCUGGCCAGCUACGGCAACGUCAUCGUCAUCACCCUCAACUACCGCGUGGGCGUGCUAGGAUUCCUGAGCACCGGGGACCAGGCAGCCAAGGGGAACUAUGGGCUGCUGGAUCAGAUCCAGGCGCUGCGCUGGAUCAGUGAAAAUAUUGCCUUCUUCGGGGGGGACCCCCUGCGAAUCACUGUCUUUGGCUCCGGCAUCGGCGCCUCCUGCGUCAGUCUGCUCACUCUCUCCCACCACUCAGAAGGUCUCUUCCAAAGAGCCAUCAUCCAGAGUGGCUCUGCUCUCUCCAGCUGGGCAGUCAACUACCAGCCUGUGAAGUAUACCAGCCUGCUGGCCGACAAGGUAGGCUGCAACGUGCUGGACACUGUGGACAUGGUGGAUUGUCUGCGACAGAAGAGUGCCAAGGAGCUGGUAGAGCAAGAUAUCCAGCCAGCCCGCUACCACGUGGCCUUUGGGCCCGUCAUCGAUGGAGAUGUCAUCCCAGACGACCCUGAGAUCCUGAUGGAGCAGGGCGAGUUUCUGAACUACGACAUCAUGCUGGGGGUGAACCAGGGUGAGGGGCUGAAGUUCGUGGAGGGAGUGGUGGAUCCCGAGGAUGGUGUCUCGGGCAGUGACUUUGACUACUCUGUCUCCAACUUUGUGGAUAACCUAUAUGGCUACCCAGAGGGGAAGGACACCUUGCGGGAGACCAUCAAGUUCAUGUACACAGACUGGGCGGACAGGGACAACCCCGAGACACGUCGCAAAACCCUGGUGGCCCUGUUCACUGACCACCAGUGGGUGGAGCCGUCAGUGGUGACGGCUGACCUGCAUGCCCGCUACGGCUCCCCAACCUACUUCUACGCCUUCUACCACCACUGCCAGAGCCUCAUGAAACCCGCAUGGUCUGACGCGGCCCAUGGAGAUGAGGUGCCUUAUGUCUUCGGGAUCCCCAUGAUUGGCCCCACUGACCUCUUCCCUUGCAAUUUCUCCAAGAACGACGUCAUGCUCAGCGCCGUGGUGAUGACCUAUUGGACCAACUUUGCCAAGACUGGGGACCCCAACAAGCCUGUCCCCCAGGACACCAAGUUCAUUCACACCAAGGCCAACCGCUUUGAGGAAGUGGCGUGGUCCAAGUACAACCCUCGCGACCAGCUGUACCUGCACAUCGGCCUGAAGCCAAGAGUACGGGACCACUACCGAGCCACCAAGGUGGCCUUCUGGAAGCACCUGGUGCCCCACCUGUACAACCUGCACGACAUGUUCCACUAUACCUCGACCACCACCAAAGUGCCGCCGCCAGACGCCACCCAGAACUCGCACAUCACCCGCCGGCCCAACGGCAAAAUCUGGACUACCAAGCGCCCGGCCAUCUCCCCGGCUUACAACAGCGAGAACCCCAGGGAGAAGUGGAGCCCGGAGCAGGAGGCCGGCACGCUGCUGAUCGAGAACCCCCGGGACUACUCCACCGAGCUGAGCGUCACCAUCGCUGUGGGGGCCUCCCUGCUGUUCCUCAACGUGCUGGCCUUCGCUGCGCUCUACUACCGCAAGGACAAGCGCCGGCAGGACACACACCGCCAGCCCAGCCCCCAGCGCAGUGCCCCCAACGACAUCGGCCACACGCCUGAGGAGGAGAUCCCCUCCCUGCAGAUGAACCAGGCCCACCACGAAUGCGAGUCAGGGCAGGCACACGACGCCCUGCGGCUCACCUCCCUGCCCGACUACACGCUGACCCUGCGCCGCUCCCCAGACGACAUCCCUCUGAUGACCCCCAAUACCAUCACCAUGAUCCCCAACUCCCUGGUGGGCCUACAGACCCUGCACCCCUACAACACCUUUGCAGCAGGGUUCAACAGUACGGGGCUCCCGCACUCACACUCCACCACCAGGGUAUAGCUCCAGGGGCUGUGCCCACCCAUGCCCGCACACAGGAGACACUGGCUGGGGCAGCGGGAGCUGACGGAUGCAGAUUGGGCAGCACACACAGAUGGAUCCACCUGGCAGGGUGGAGCCGAGCCCCAGGGCCAGCAGGACCCCUGGUGCGGGACAGGUGGGCUGCUCGCCCCUCUGGCUCGCUCUUCUGAUUUUAUUUUGUAAAGUGCUUUGACUCUCCAUGUGCUGAGAGGGCUGACACCGGGGCAGCAGGGCCCAGCCAGAGCGGUGCAGGAGAAUGGACAGCAGAGCAGGUGCAGAGAGUGUCACCCAGCCCUGCACACUGCAUCUCGCUGGAAACCCCCGUGCAGGACAAUGAGAAGGACCUGCCUGGGGAGGAGGUGAUGGCGUGCCUGCCCCCUGGCCUGGACAUGGCACUAGAGGACUCUGCGCCACUGGGGAGGUGGUGCCUCCUGGAGCCCUCUUUCCUACCCCCCAAGUACAUUGGGGACUGGCUAGGAGCAGUCCUUGGCAUUCUCUUUCCAUUGGACCUGUUGGGUUGAUUGAAAUUUGCCAUUCAAAGUGCCAUGGAAAAGGCUCCAGCACUCUGUCAAAUUGUGGUGUGAAGCAGCUGCCUUGGGCCACUGGCGCUGGGCAGGAGGGGCUCAGUGCCCAGACUGGUGCCGGGUGGGAAGGCUCAGUGCCCGGGUUGACGCUGGGCAGGGGGGUCUCGGUGCCUGGUCUGGCGCUGGGCAGGGGGGCUCGGUGCCCGGUCUGGCGCUGGACAGGGGGGACACAGUGCCCGGUCUGGCACUCGGGGGGGCGAGGGCUUGGUGCCCAGCCUGGCGCCG